AUGCGCUGUCUGAUUGAUGGCAUGGCCGCGCAUGUCCCUGAAGAUGGUACGAUGCAGAGGCCUCAGUCUUGUCGUCUACAUUCAGCCUGCAGUGUGAUCUCGGAGGCUGGUGAGUUCGUCUCAUCUACCAGUAGCUCAAUUCCCUUUAUGCCGGUAACCAGCCUCACUGUGAUGAUAACCUGCGCCGGGGGUUCCAACGCCAACUUGUUUCUAAUUCUUCUUCGCGACAGGGUGCAGAUGUUCAUGAAGAACGUCGUGGUCAAGAAUCUUCGACAUCAUAUUCGAACGGAGAAGAUGGAAAAUGCUCCAAAUUCCCUUACUGCGAACUUCAAGCCUCCAAGUUUCGCUGCUGAGCUCCGACUAGUGAUCGAGGACACCGCGAUCCCUCGAGAGGAUCGUUUGCCAGAAAACAUGCGGGGAUACUUCAAGACACACCUCACCAGAUACCUCGACAAUCCCGUAUAA